GCUGGGUGCCCUGUAGGGAGGGCACCGCCGCGGGCGGGAGGGCCCUGCAAAGACUCGGGCAGCCGUUGGGUCGCAUCUGAGACUUGCGCGAGUGGACCCCGAAUCAGAGCGCUGACAGAGCCUCCGCGUCCCCGUGCAGCCUCCGAUCCGGUUUGAUUUCUUCUGUUCGGUCAGCUCAGCUGCUGGCUGACUCGAUGUGAUGGCCCUGGGCCCCUCUUCACUGUGUAGUGACGAAUUCACAGCGUGCCUGCUAGACCCACACUUGUGAGCCUAACCACUAGACGUCUAGGCGCUCGCUUUUGCUUUUACAGACCCCUCAUCACGCUGGUUUACUUUCCGUCUGUGAGUCCUCCCCGCCAUUUGAAUUUCGGGCUCUGCAGUUUCAGUCAGAUUUGAUACACUUAAUCCUCCGUGCACUCGUCCGUGUAUUUGCCAGUGUGAAAUAUGUUGCACCUAUAAACGUUUAUUUUGUGGCAAAGUGGAUGCAUGUUGCGGAUUACAUGCAACAGUUUGGAGAGAAGGGACCAUUUGGCGGUAAAGAACGCAUAGGGAGCGUGGAGGGCCUGUGGGGAGAGGCUUGGAGGAGGACGUCUGGUUUGCUGGGCUCCGUCUCGAGACCGUCCUAGCCCGGCUUCAGACUUCGUGCAGUCACCGUGUGCAGCCACCGUGUGCAGCCACCAGGUCUCUGGGGUCUGCUUGUCUUUGGGGACCGCGAGCAGCAGUAAGCCAAGUCUGUCUCCAGCACAGCUGAACGACUUCCUCGUAUUUGUAGGCCUGUUUUCCACGGAUACUGUUAACAGCUGUUGUAAGAAGGUAGCAGUCAGUGUGCAUUUGACUGAUGUCCUAUUUUAAUCUUGUGAAGAGCAUAACGUCUGCCUUUCGAAAUGUGUGCAGUGUAUCACGGUUUCAUCACACAACACCAGGGGUGUGCUGUUGUGGUAAAACACAGAGUGGUGAGAAAUACACCGAUCCCUUUAAACUCGGCUGGAGAGACUUGAAAGGUCUAUAUGAAGAUAUUAAAAAGGAAUUGCUCACAUCUACAGCAGAACUUAAGGAGAUGUCAGAGUACUAUUUCGAUGGAAAAGGAAAAGCCUUCCGACCCGUUAUUGUGGUGCUAAUGGCGCGAGCAUGUAACAUUCAUCAUAAUAACUCCCGAGACGUGCAGGCCAGCCAGCGCGCCAUCGCCUUAAUUGCCGAGAUGAUCCACACUGCUAGCCUGGUUCACGACGACGUCAUCGACGACGCCACCUCCCGGAGAGGAAAACACACGGUGAAUAAGAUCUGGGGUGAGAAGAAGGCUGUUCUUGCUGGAGAUUUAAUUCUUUCUGCAGCAUCUAUAGCUCUGGCACGGAUUGGAAACACUACCGUUAUAUCUAUUUUAACCCAAGUUAUUGAAGAUUUGGUGCGUGGUGAAUUUCUCCAGCUUGGAUCAAAAGAAGACGAGAACGAGCGAUUUGCCCACUACCUUGAAAAGACCUUCAAGAAGACUGCGAGCCUGAUAGCCAACAGUUGCAAAGCAGUCUCUGUCCUGGGGUGCCCCGACCCAGCGGUGCAUGAGAUCGCUUAUCAGUACGGAAGAAACGUGGGGAUCGCUUUCCAGCUGGUGGACGAUGUGCUGGACUUCACCUCGGGCUCCGAAGAGAUGGGCAAGCCCACGUCGGCCGACCUGAAGCUCGGUUUAGCCACUGGCCCUGUCUUGUUUGCUUGUCGGCAGUUCCCAGACAUGAAUGCUAUGAUAAUGAGACGGUUCAGUUCACCUGGAGACGUGGACAGAGCUCGACAAUAUGUAUUACAGAGCGACGGGGUGCAGCAGACAACCUACCUCGCCCAGCAGUACUGCCACCGAGCAGUACGGGAGAUCAGUAAACUCCGGCCGUCCCCAGAGAGAGAUGCCCUCAUUCAGCUUUCGGAAAUCGUACUCACAAGAGAGAAAUGAAGACUCUUUCUCUUCUUUCUGGCAGCUAUCUUACCAGACUGUGCCUAAAAAAUCUGGGGAAUACACUUUGUUUGCUUCAAGUGCAGACAACCAAAAAUCCUUUUGAAAAAAUAAUGUCAACCUUAUUGUUGGGCAGUUUUUUUUUUUAUUAGCAAAGUUUUUCAGAAAACUUUAAAAAUGUAAUUAAAUCACCUGAAUCUGUCACUGUAGUCUAAUCAAGGUUUCUUGAUGAUUAUGUGUGGUAUU